UCUCUUUUUCUAACUUGUAAAUUACUGAUAGUAUUAAAACGGAACGAAACCUCUCCAUGUUAAGUGAAAAAUCACAACCAUUUUCAACAAAAAUCUAAACACGUAUUCGUUAAAAUUUCACUUCGAUCGAAUUCGUGAAAGCGUUUUGUGAUUUCUUUAAAAUACAAUGGCACCACCACAGAGGAUGCGGAUUGCUAACGAAAAAGCCAGCAAAAAUGUAGUUAUGCGUGGAAACGUUCCAAAAUCAUCGAAAGUAAAGGAAAGUCAAUAUCCGGUCGGGCCAUGGCUUUUGGCUUUGUUUAUUUUUGUCGUUUGUGGAUCGGCUAUUUUCCAGAUUAUCCAGUCGAUUCGUGUGGCGUAAACCUUUCCAUUUUAUUAAUUUUCUAGCUCUUUCAUCCUAAAAACAAAAACAACUCUAGAAUGAAGCAACAGUCAAGCAAUAAGGUGAACAGAGUUUCUCUUAUUGUAACUACUGCAUCUUCGGGGUAAAAAAAAUUGUAACCAUUUUUCUUUAUCAAUAAAUUGUUGGUUUUACUUCA